GGUCUGGUGGGGCAGCUUAGCAUUCCUUGGGCGGGCAGGUCCCGCUGCUCCUCCCCUGCCCUCCAGGCAUUGCCCAGGUCCUCUUGGUUGUCCAGAGACACCAUGGAGUUCGACCUGACAGCAGCCCUGGAAUCCACUUCCAAGAAGCCUGGUGGGGCCAACCAGGAGGGAAACCUCAAGCACAGUCCCCCCAAAGUUCAGGGCCACUCAGGGGCAGCUCAGAAUCCAAAGGUGGGCCAUAACAGCUCCUCAGAUUCCAGCAGCAGCUCCAGUGACUCCGAUUCGGACUCCCAGAGGAAGCCCCAUGUGGCAGGCUCCAAGCCACAUGAAAGCACCCCGGGCAAGGUCAAGAAGCCCAAGGUGAAGAAGAAGAAGGAAGAGAAGGGCAAGAAGGAGGAGAAGGGCAAGAUAAAGGCUCCCCAUUGAGAGGCCUGAGUUGGGCGCAUUAAACCUUGCUCUACGCCUAA